GUCACAUCUGAAAACCCACUCUGCGUUUGGCAAAGAGGUGGCACAAGAGAAAACAGAGCAGAGUAAAGAAAACACCUACUGGCCUUUGUUGGGUCUUAAACAACAACUAAAAACACGCAGGGAAUAGACGAAAAGCAGUGACCAAGAGGAAGAAUACUGUCCUAAGGCGUUUGGACAGGCCAGUGCGUUUUGGAUAACUUUUACGCACGGACUGGAGUUUCUUUGUGAUAAACUAUGUGGAUUAUUCAGACGUGAACCAUUGUGAUCUGACAAAUCUGUUUAAGUUUAAUUUUACCUACGAUCACUACAGGCUAAAGACUCACCGGUGAGAGGGAUUUCUCAACCGAAUCAUCGGUGUCACGUCUCUCUUCUGCCCGUAAUAGAAACACGGAUCGCUUCACACUUUGCGCAAAGAGAUACUUGUGCCACCCAAACGCGUGUCGAACCUACGGACACAUUUUAAUGCUUCAAGGACAAAUAACCUGUGGAUAGCGUGGUUGUUUCAUAAAAUGCUGCUUCUCUCUUACUUUUUGCUGCUGGUGUUUCCAGCGGCUCUUUUUGCAGCGGCUCAGAGCGCAGGAGAUCUGCACGGCUUCAGCCUCCCCCACACCUCCUUCGACCCAACAGACCCCUGCAUGGUGGUGACUCCCCCAUGUAUGAGCGAGGCGGACCGCUACAGUCUGGAGGCUCUGAGAAACAUCCACCAGAUGAUGGACGAUGACCAGGACGGAGGCAUCGAGGUGGAGGAGAGUGUGGAGUUCAUAAUUGAGGACAUGAAACAGCAGCAGACCAACAAACAUAGCAACCUGCACAGAGAAGACCAGCACAUCACCGUGGAGGAGCUGUGGAGAGGCUGGAAGUCGUCCCAAGUUCAUAAUUGGACUCAAGAAGAAGUGCUCCGCUGGCUGAAAGACUUUGUGGAGCUGCCGCAGUAUGAGAAGAACUUUAAAGAGUUUAAAGUCACUGGAAAUACACUACCAAGGAUUGCAGCAAAUGAGCCGUCGUUCUUGAGUGGGCAGCUCAAAGUCCAGGACCAGAGGGACAAGCAGAAGCUCAACAUUAAAGCGCUGGAUGUGGUGCUGUUUGGACCACCAACACGGCCUCACAACUACAUGAAAGACCUGCUGCUUAUUGUGUCCGUGGUGAUGGGAAUAGGAGGUUGCUGGUUCGCCCAAGCCCAGAACAAAGCCAGCAAGGUCCACAUUGCCAAGAUGAUGAAGGAUCUGGAGAGUCUUCAGAGCGCCGAGCAGAGCCUCAUGGAGCUGCAGGAACAACUGGAGCGUGCCCAGGAGGAGAAACGCAGUGUGGCAGAGGAGAAGCAGAGCCUGGAGGAGAAGAUGAGGGAUGAGAUCAUGGGGGCACAGGAGGAGGCCCACCGCCUCCAUGAGCUCAGACAAGGAGCUGUCAACGAACUCAGCCGCCUCAGAUAUGCUGAGGAAGAACUGGAGCAGGUGCGAGAGGUCCUGAAGCAGGCUGAGAAGGACAUGCAGGCCAGCUGGACGGCCUCUGAGGCUCUGCAGCAGUGGCUGCAGCUCACACAUGAAGUGGAGGUCCAGUACUACAACGUCAAGAAGCACAGUGCCGAGCUCCAGCUCGCAACAGCCAAAGAAGAAGCAGAAAGAAUUAAAAAGAAAAGAAGCUCUUUGCUGGGGACUCUUCAUGUGGCGCACAGUUCAUCUCUGGAUCAAGUUGACCAUAAAAUCCUUGAGGCAAAAAAUGCUUUAUCUGAAGUUACGGCCUGCUUACGGGAGCGCCUUCAUCGCUGGCAGCAGAUUGAGCGAUUGUGUGGGUUUCCAAUCAUGAGGAAUCCAGGCCUGGCAAACCUGACUGCUCAACUUUACUCCGACCCAGCAACGUUUGGUCUGCCACGAGUUCCUCAGUCUGGAUGCUUGUACCACAGUGCAGCUCAUGGAUCUAUGGAGGAUCUUUUAGAGGAGACUCCUAUGAUACAGCAGAUGCCAGUGCAACCCAUGAAGUGCUCUCCCCAAACUCGUCCCUCUCGAGUGUCCCGGACGCGCCGUUCUGGUGUUGUCACACAACCUUCAGUGUCUAUGAUCUCUCCAGACCCUGACCUCCUCAUUCCUAUACGUGCCCCUUACCCGUGCUUUGAGGAGGAUGAAGUACUCCUGCGCAAAACCCUGAUAAAGCAAGAUUCCCAGGAAAAGUUUGCUGACCAGAGUUUCAUGGCAUCACCUUCAGUUGGCAAAAUGUAUCAAGGUGAAAUGCCCCUUCGAAAACAUUACCCAGAUGAAGCAGAGAUGCCAGCAGAUGUGUCUCUGUCCAAAGUCAGAGAUCCGGAUGAACCAAUCGAGUCUCCAGUUCACAAAGUUUCUAUUGAGGAACUAGAGACGAUUGUGGAUUCAGUCAGCAGAAGGAUGAUCCAGGACAAAGAUCUAGAUUCAGCUUUUGAGAGCCAGUCCUUGAGGGCAUCUAGAGAAGAACAUCCACUGAAGAUGUUUCAGGAUAUGGGUGAAAGUGCUGUGGAUGCUGCAGUCAAAAAAACCCUUCCUAGUGAGUUUGAUUCUGAUUUUGCCUGUAGAAGAACAGAGCGAGAUACACUAGGAGAUUUGUCAGACUCUGUGUCAAGAGAAAGAAGUGAGUAUCCACGAGAUGUUAGGAAGAUUAUUUGGUCUGAAGUGGAAGCUUCUGACUUGGGUCCACGGAAGCUAACCAGAGGUAUGAUGGGAACGACGAUUGACAGUGUCCCGAGAAAGCAGUUUCGAGAUGACGCAGAGUAUUCCUAUGAAUCAUUGCCCAAAAGAAUUGGCAGAGACGCAAUGGGGAUGUCUUUUGACGCUGGUUCAAGGAAAAUCUCAUGGACUAAGGCAGAUUUAGAUGUUAAGAAAGUUGGCUUUGAGAUGCAUCGUAACCCGGCUCGAAGGGUGUCCAGAGAGGAGCUUGAGUAUCCGUCUGAUAUUGGAUCUAUUCGAAUGAUCCCAGUGGAUACCUGUUUUACAGCAGAGCGACAGGAGUUUGCCUAUGAGCCAAUCAGUCGAAGAAUAGUCAGGGAGGACUCCGACAUGUCUGCCGCCUCUCUAAGGAGAAGGAUCCCAAGGAUGGUUGACAGUUCCAUGGACACGGCCACUGGUAAAAUCAUGGCUGACAGAGUUGAUGAAAUCCCUGAGCAUUUGCUAAUGAGGGAAGAUUUGGGAGAGACAAGCACAUUCUCUGGGAGAAUCAGUCAGCCUGAUAUAACAGCAACGUCCCAGGCUCCAUGGAAGUCGUCUGCUGAUAUUUUCAGUGCUGGUCCACUGAGCCAGCUGGUCUACGAUGGGAUUUUAGAGAAGUCCUGCCAUUCUGUGGGCACCACUGCGACCGGCCUGUCCGCCUCCACUCCCAACCUGCAGCAGACUUUUGUCUCUGGGAACGAGUCCACAGCCCUCCUGACCUCACAGGCUUUACAUCCACCGACUGAAGUGGUCCAAGAGGUAACAGAAGAUAAGAACAGGGACAAAGACAAGGGCAAGAAGUCUUUAAAGCUCAAAAAUCUCUUUAAAAAGAAACGCGAGUCUAGUCCAGAAAAGUCUCAGAGUGGUCUGCAUAAGCUCUGACCUUUGGCCACUGUGGUGUUAGUGUUUGGAGAAAAAUACCAUGUUUACUAUGUUCACUGUAGUUUUGUACAUUGGGUCUUUAUUUAAUUAUUAAUUAAUUUAAUAUUUACUUGAUUAUUGUCUUAGACAAACAUGUGGGUUUACCACAUUUUACUUAAUACAUGUGCUCCUGAGCUUCAGAUGCUUGUGAGCCUUUUACAUCAGUGGAGCUGUGUUAGAUUCUUUACUGAAGUCGACACUCGGCUGCUUCUGGACAGAACAACACAACAUAUUUUAAAUAACAGUAACUCCCUAAUCUGAUCUUUUAAUACAAAUAUAACUUUUGAAACACAGCAGUUUGUUAUUAUGUUGUGUGAUAAAUUCACUAAUGAAGCAUCUUAACUUAUUGGUUUUAUUUAAAGCUGUUUUAGUUUAGAAUAUGUAGUUUUAUAUUUGUACUGAAAAGGAAAUUAAUUAGAUUAGAGUUUAAGAAUAUUUAUAUUUUAUUUAUGCUUAUACAAUUCUAUUUGUAAAAAUGGAUGAAGCAGUUGUAUAGAUGAGUGUCAGAGUUCACUGUAACACACUGUUUUUGUUAUAAAAAAAAAUGUGUAAAGGCUACCUCUUUAUUUUAUUGAUUUUAUGUGGCCUAUACUCACAGAAUCUGCUCAAAUGUUUCCCCUUAUAGUCGCGUUAAAUGUAUUUGUUGAGCUUUGUGCAUAGACUGUACAUAUACACUGUGUACAUAUACAGUAUAUAUAGAGUCUGUGUAUAUAUACUGCAUAUAUACAGUCUAUGUAUACAUAUACAGUAUAUAUAGAGUCUAUGUAUAUAUACUGUAUAUAUACUGCAUAUAUACAGUCUAUGUAUACAUAUACAGUAUAUAUAGAGUCUAUGUAUAUAUACUGUAUAUAUAAGUCUAUGUAUACAUAUACAGUAUAUAUAGAGUCUAUGUAUAUAUACUGCAUAUAUACAGUCUAUGUAUACAUAUACAGUAUAUAUAGAGUCUAUGUAUAUAUACUGUAUAUAUACUGCAUAUAUAAGUCUAUGUUUUGGUGCAUUUGUUUGUUUACAUUCAUUCAUGUUGACUCUGAAAAGAAAACAAUAGUAUCAUCCUAAUCCUAAAUUAUAUUUGUUUUAUCCAUCGUUGUUAUUUCACUGCAUUCAAAAUUGCCCACAUUGGAAAGAAACGUAUCACUACUUUAAUACUACUUUACACUUCAUACUUCUGCAUUUAGGCUUUACUUAAAUCAGGAAAGUUACAUUUUUGGUCCAGUGUAAAGAGAAUCACCUGUCCUCUGUUCUAUAUACUUCUACUAAGUUUACACAUUUGGUAGUUCUUAACUUGUUUUUGAAUAUAUUUUCUUGAUUGAUGAAAAGUCUUUGGACACUGUGAGAUCCUGUGGUAAAUGUAUGAAUGAUGCCAUCUGCUGGACAUGUUUAUUAAAGCAGCAGCAUCGCUGUAGUUUGUACAAUCAAUAAAGAAAUUUCACUGAUGUAAAAAA